UGCCUGUGAAACAGUCGUCUUAACAUAAUCGUUUGGUUUGUCGUCCAAACUGAGCCAAUGUGAGACAGCAAAAACAUAACAUCUGGAUUCUCAUCUCAGUUGAACAUGAAAUGAAAAUUUUCCGCGAGUAAGCUGAGAGAGAAGUUGUUAUGAAAUGAAACUCUAGCAAAGAACAGCAAGAGAUUGCAAGAUAUAGAUCUGCAUGGAUAUGGAAUCUAUCUGAGCCCAGAAAGAGCUCGUCCAUCAGUGGGACGUUAUUAUUCAUAGCUAAAACUGUGUGUUAAAACUCUGAUGUCAGCUAUUUGGACAAAAAGUGUCAUUUGAUUGAUGAAUGACCUUUAAGUAGUGACAAAAACUAUUCAAAGUAACAUUACCUUGAAUCAAGUAAACUUCAGGAUGGAAUAUGUUAGUCCAGAAAAUUUUCACUCCCCCCCCCCCUACCCCUUUACCAUGGAAGCACGCUUGAAUAAUUUCAAGUUAAUCUGUGACAAAUAAACUGGAUAAAGAGAGAUUCUAAACUAGGUUGCAGUUGUUAAACAGGGUGAACAGAAACAUCAUCUGCAAUAAAACUAAGGCAUAGAUGAAUCCUAAGCAUAACAAAGGUUAUCUUGUAUAAACUGGUUUAAUAGCAGAUUGUAACAUCAUGACACUGCCAUGUAGAUAUUCUUGGGGCUCUGGGCACAAUCUGCCACCCCAGUGAAGGGCAGGAGUAAAGAUUGCGUGACAAGCUGUAAGAACGUGUGUGUAGGAGACUAAGUUGCCAGUAACAUCUACCAGAAGCGAGACAAGCUUUUAAUAAACUGAUUAUUAUCAGUCUGGAAUAAAAAGAUUUUCACACAAGUCCACUUCCCCCAAUCACCUCCCGCCCUGCUAAGAAAAUCAAUAUACGAGUUAUUUGUCAGCAAAUGCAAAGACAGUCUUUUCAAUUUAAGAAUUCUUGGCAGAACAUGUUUCAGUACAUAGAGAAUGAUAGAUAAUCCGCGAAUCUUUCUUGUAUCAGAAGACACAAAUAGAUUAUAAGCAGCAUGUCCAGCACGCAGCGUCUUUUAGUCUUAGAAUAAAGCUCUACCCCUCCCCAGACAGGCUAAAAGAUCGCUUAUGAAAAGCCGGUAUCAAAUGUACAGCGGUAUCUAAAUCAUCAAGAAAUCAAAAUGGCGGAUGGGCUGUCGAGUUCCCAACAAGAAGAGUCGUUUGAAGAGUGGCUAAGCUGUCGCAUGAGACAGCUGGGGUUGGACGAGGAUGUGUUUGGAAGCUAUGUCACGGGGGUUUUGGACUCAGAGGAUACUGAUGAGGAUCGCAAAGAUGCGUUGAUUGGUAUUCUGGAAGGGAUGACGGAAUAUCCUUUAGAUGAUCUGUGCAAUGAAGUUAUUGAAAGAUGGAAAACAUCAAGAGCAAAUGUUUUGCAAGAAAAAAAACUAGUGAAAGAACAGAAAGCAGCAGAAAAGCAGCACAAACUGGCUGAAAUAAUGGAGAAACAAGCAUCUACAGUGUGUACAACAAAAUCAUCACAACAGAAAUCAGAUGGUGAAAUCAAGAGACUUCUAGUGGCACAAUAUGGACAUGAAUCAGAUGAGGAACUCUGUGCUGAUAGUGAUGAGGAACAAGCUACCAGAGCUCCAGAUAAGGACCCAGGACUAUUCAAGAAUGUGAAUGCUCAAUCAGUAACAGACAAAGAAAAAGAGAAGAGAGAUAAAAUGAAGGAAGAAAAUGAUCAAAGAAAACAGCAAAUAAAAGAGGCAAAGGAAAAGCAAAAACAAAAGGCAGAGGAUAGGAAGGAAAAAGAAAAGAAAAGGACGCAGAAAGGGGAAAGACGAGCCAGAUGACACUGGAGGGUCAACAAUAUAACAUGGUUAAUUAUUCAAAAGCAAGAAAGUUAAAUAACAAGUUGUCAAGACUGAGAAAAGAUGAACUAAGAUAGUUUUUUCCUCAAGAUUAUAUUUUGUGCACAAGAUGUUUUUUUUUAAUUUAUCCUAGGCCAAUUUAUAGUGUAGAUCAAACCUGUUUAGUUAUUGCACCUGUUUCAAUAGCCUUUUUCAUGCUUAAUUCGUCUUAUUUAAAUACUCAAUUUCAACACAGAUGUGGGACAAUUUUGGGCAAAACAGCCCAAAAUUUCUUCACAUUCACUUUGUAAUAUAUAAUGAUGGAAAAUAAAGAAAACAUAACUAUGAAGAGG